CCCCCAGAGGCCAACUAUACCAUUUUGCUUGGUGGCUUUCUGUGGGGGCCAAACCUUCUCCCACCAUUCAGUGUGACAGUCAUACUGGGGCUCACAGAGCGGGAUGUUGGAGGCUGAAGACUGAGUUACAACACGUGAAAAAAUGAAGACGGUAGCUGCUUAAAGACUGUACAUCAGCUGCUCAGACCUCUCCACGCGCAAGGUUUGUUAAAUCUAUGGUUGCAAUGGAGAACUCAAUGAACCACGAUGACCUGGACGAGCUCGUGGGGAUGGGACUUCGUGUCUCUGUGUCCUCAGCACAAAUCGUCUUUUACAUUAUCCUGGUGAUGAUGGGCAUCCUGGGUAAUGCCACAGUGGUCGGGGUGAUCGGUAAGAGCGUGAUACUGGAAAGUGGCAGAGGACGCAACUCGGACAUCAUCAUCAUUAACAUGUCGCUGUCAAAUCUGAUGGUGUCUGUGAUGAGGAACAUGCUGCUGAUUAUUUCAGACCUGGGACUCGAGCUGUACUCAUCUAAAGAGUGGUGUCAGUUCCUGAUGGGGAUCUGGGUGUGGCUGCGCUCGGUCAACGUGUGGUCGACACUUUACCUCAGUGCUUUCCACUUCCAGACUUUGAGGCGCGUGACUCCCAUCACGGUGAACCUCGGGUCCCGGGGAGCUCCCAGCUCACUGCUCAGCCUCGCCCUCAUCUGGCUUCUCAACUUUGUUUACUCCAUUCCCGCUCUUGUUUUUUCCACGAAUGGUGAUGUGAACACCACAGAGACUCUGAUGCUGGUGAGCAGCACCACACGCCCCCUGCUGGGCUGUGUGUGGAACUUCCCCUCCACCUACAGCGGCCUCGCUUAUGCCACCACAUCUGUCGUGAUCCACGAGACAAUCCCUGUGAUCCUGAUGGCUUUCACCAACCUGGGCUCCCUUUACACGCUCUACACCCACGGCAAGGUGCGCAGCACGGCGCCGGACGGGCCCAUCAUUAAACGAGUGCCGGCGGAGAAACGAGCAGCCAAGGUGAUUCUUGCUCUCAUCAUGCUCUUCAUUGCGUCGUGGGGAACGAGCAUCAUCUCUGUAAACUAUUUCAACUACAGCCAGGGCACCUCGCCCGAAUAUCUGCUGGUUCUGGCACGUUUUGCCAAUAUUAUCUUCAUCGCCAUGUCCCCUCUUAUUCUGGCAGUCGGCCACCGGCGACUGCGUUCCACGUUCAAGUUUUUGAUUUCUCACUGACAGAGAGAUUUGGAUUUGUUCUGUUGUU